AUGUCCUCAACCAGAUUGCCCAAUAUCCCCUCUCUGAGGAAACACCAAUUGCUCCUUGAAUUCGCAGGUCUGAGACAUGCUGCUCCUCCUGGUGUCUACGUGAGCCUCACGCCGGGCGAUCCUACGCUCUGGUCCAGCGUGCUCUUUGUUCGCUCUGGUCCCUAUGCGUCAGCCGUGCUCCGUUUCCAGAUUCGCUUCCCCGCCUCCUAUCCUGAUCUCCCACCCCUGGUGACCUUCUCUACCGACGUCUUUCAUCCAUUGAUUGUCCCCCUUACCACCUACACCUUCAGCACGAAUGCGUCGACGGAGGACCCAGUCAGCGCGACUGAUGAAGAGCGUUUACCACCGGGCGGGUUCAGCCUCCGCCAUGGGUUCCCGCAUUGGUUCGGCAGAGCGAAGAGAAGCGGGGUUUCGACCGCGUCGUCGAGGGCGGUAAGCAUCCAAGGUCGUGUUCCGGUAUUGGGAGAAGCAACUGCAUCGGCGAGGGAAAGUCAAGGGAACGAUAAGACGGAAUUUGCUGCAAAAGGUCAAGGGGAGGACGGAACAAUAGAGCAAUAUCCUGAGCCGAGGAAGACGGUACCGGUAGCGGAAUUGUUGGAUUAUAUUCGAUCGACAUUUGAAGAUGAGUCAGUCCUUGAUUCUCUGACGCUAGAAGCUGCUGGGAAUCCGGGCGCGUGGCAUGCGUGGAGGGCCCAUAGAGGUGGUAGUAAUAUUGCGACGAAGAACGACCCCAAACGAGGAAGCCCGCAGACAAGGCUCCCUGGCGACUGGCAUUGGGAUGGGAUAUGGGCCAAGCGCGUUCAGAGUGAGGUUGAGGCGAGUCACUCGGAACCCAUGUUGUAUGGGAAUUCGGCUCGUGCAGUGGGCGAUGAGAUGAUUCGCUUUUCUCGCAUAGAUGAUGCCAGUAUGGCUUCGAUUAAAGAGAGGAUCAUUCCUCGAAUGGAGGAGGUACACGAAUAA